AUGAAAUCGAAACUGCGGGCCCUGUGGGAUCACCCGGCGGGCCCGAAGACGAUCCACUUCUGGGCUCCGACGUUCAAGUGGGGAUUGAGCAUUGCCAACGUCUCCGACUUUACGAAGCCGCCGGAAUCGGUGUCGUACCCGCAGCAGGCGGUGAUUGCGGUGUCGGGGAUAAUUUGGUCCCGCUACUGCUUCGUCAUCACCCCAUGGAAUUGGAAUCUCUUCGGCGUCAACUCCGCCAUGGCCUGCACCGGCUUCUACCAGCUCGCCAGGAAGCUCCGCCAUGACUACAGCGCCGCCGGCCCUGAUCCAGCGCCGGAGGUCGCCCCAUCCUAG